GUUAUAGCGAUUGACCGGAUCUCUUUCGCUUCAUCGCCAUUUUCCCUAUGAUAGCCACUUGAGUACUCAAUCACGCAUUGCAACUAACUUCAGUACGUUUCCACUACUUAUAAUGUCACACUUCUACUGUCUCUAUCAUAUAUACGGUGGACAAAAAUAUGUGAAUAGAGCGAAGAAGUAAUAAUAUAAGCAGUAUAUAACAUAAAGGAUCACAGGGUAUUCUCGUUUGGUGCCGCCAAUGUUACAAUGUUUUAGUAAUAAUUAAAGUCGACAUGCGCGGAAUAAACGAAAACUCGUUGUUCAAUGAGUACGAUCUUAAGUGGAACGGAAUGAUAAAAAUUAAAGACAUCGAAGAAGUCUAAGUGUGUUCUUACAAAGUAUUUUAAAUUAAUUAUACUGAGGGAUAAAAUUGCUGAAAUGGAAAAGUAUUCAGGCCUAAUUUAUUGUACAUGAAUUUUUAUGAACUGUCCACGGACAUUUUACCAUUGACAGCUGAUAUGAUAUGAUCAUGGCGGAAUCCACGAAGAGAACAGAAGAUGAUAAAGUUAAAUGUAAAAUUUUAAUUGUUGGUGCUGGUAUGGCCGGAUUAUCGGCCGCAAAUCACUUACUGAAAAACCACGAAACUGAUUUUUUGAUUGUUGAAGCUCGAGGACGGAUAGGUGGUCGAAUUGUUGCUAUGAAACUCGGUAAAUGUAAUGAGAAGAUAGAGUUAGGAGCAAAUUGGAUCCAUGGAGUAUUAGGAAAUCCAAUGUUUGAGUUGGCAAUGGCAAAUGGAUUAAUAGACAUUGUACGUGUACCAAGGCCUCAUAAAGUUGUAGCAGCAAUGGAAGAUGGAAAACAGUUGCCUUUUCCAGUUUUACAAGAAAUCUAUGAAGCUUAUGUAUGUUUUCUAAGACGGUGCGAAGAGUACUUUCUGAGCUCUUAUAGUCCUCCAGAUGGCAUAAACAGUGUUGGAGCACAUGUGGCAUUGGAAGCUGAAAUUUAUUUAUCAUCUUUACCAGUUGAAGAAAGGAAAAUUAGACAACUAUUAUUCGAUUGUUUACUUAAAAGAGAGACCUGUAUUACUGGCUGUGAUAGCAUGGAAGAUGUUGAUCUCUUGGAAAUGGGUUCAUAUGCAGAACUUCAAGGUGGAAAUAUUAGUCUUCCAGAUGGAUACAGUGCGAUAUUGGAACCAGUUGCAAAACACAUACCAAAAACUAGCAUUUUAACUAGACAUGUAGUUACUAAAAUUAGGUGGCAGAGAAAAAAAAGUGUGGACAAUGCAAAUAUUGAAGUUAAUAACUGUUCUAAUACAAAUCCGCAUAUUGAGAUACAGUGUGAAAAUGGAAAAACAAUACUAGCGGAACAAGUAAUCUGUACAUUACCACUAGGUGUACUUAAGGAGAAAGCAAACGAUAUAUUUGAACCACCUCUGCCAAAUUAUAAACUAGAAGCCAUAGAUAGACUUUUAUUUGGUACUGUGGAUAAAAUAUUUUUAGAAUACGAAAGACCGUUUUUGAAUCCUGGUGUAUCUGAAGUAAUGCUUCUGUGGGAUGACAGAGGAUUGACAGAAGAGGAAAAGCAAGAUGUUACUAAAACGUGGUUUAGAAAGAUAUAUUCUUUUACAAAAAUUUCAGAGACUCUGUUAUUAGGAUGGAUAUCAGGAAAAGCUGCCGAAUAUAUGGAGAAAUUGAGUACAGCAGAAGUGGCAGAUGUAUGCACAUCGAUAUUAAGAAGAUUUUUAAACGAUCCGUUCGUACCAGCACCAAAGAAUUGUUUGCAUACAUCGUGGCAUUCUCAGCCGUAUACACGCGGUUCCUACACUGCUAUGGCUGUCGGUGCAAGUCAAUUAGAUAUUAAUCGUUUAGCUGAGCCUAUAUUUCAAGAGAAUGAUCCUACUAAAAUUUUAAUAGCAUUUGCAGGUGAACAUACACAUUCUUCCUUUUAUAGUACUGUACAUGGAGCAUAUUUAACUGGUCGAACUGCUGCUCAAGCGCUCUUGGAAUCGAAAAAGAAUGAAAAGAAUUUAUUGAGUCUUAGUUGCGAAGACACGAGCGAUCUCAGUUCGUGGAUACAAGGAAUUUCCUUGAAUUAAAUAUUGGGAAUUAUUUGAAAGAGAAUCAGAAAUCGUUCUGUAUCGACGUUUACACAUUAUUGAGCACAAUUUAUUACCGAGGUACGAGCGAUAUUUUACACUCUGUCGAGGUUGAUGACAAUUGUGAUUUAUAGAUGUUUAGUAUUAAGCAGAACGUAUAUACUGUUUUAAUUUUGUAAAUACUAUAGUGAAUUGUUUAUAUUAUGUACAUAAGGAUGCCUGUUUAAAAUUUUAAGACUUUAUAAACGUGCAUUUUUCGAUUUUAUGUACUAUCAUGCCGUUCUUGUAUGAUCAAGAAAGGAAUGAUAGUUUGAAAUUGUAUUGCAAAACGAAACUUCAUUUUGUGGGGUCACCUAACAGGUUUAGUACAGAAGUUUUAUAUAUUCAAUGCCAUCGAAAGUGCUUUUUAUUAAAGAAGUUAAUAGAAAUUAAUUCAGACGUCCGUGAUUAUUAGCUAUCGUGUUAAAUAAUAAAAUUAUAUUUGCUGCUAUAUUUACAUUUGUAAAAUAACGAAUAGGAUGAUGUUAGAUUAACAUUGUCUUAGUUUGAGAGAAACGACAUGAAGCCUUUAUGUUUGCAUAGAAAAUGUAGCAACGUUAAUUGCUAUGCAUAAGAAAUAGAAUUUCCAAACUUUGCAAGGAUUUCCGAAUCACUGCUUUUUAUUUUUAUUAAAUUUCUAUUUCCUUUCUCCAGUAUGUUUUUACUUCAAAGUAUUAUAACAAAGUGCAUUUUAUCUAGUCAUAUUGUGUUAAGCAUUUUAGUUGUAUACAUAUAACACUAUGAUCUUUUAUAAUUUUCUAAAUGCACCUAAGAUACCGAUCAAUUUGGAAUAAAUCCAAUGACAGUCUACUGCGUAGAUCAUUUUUGCAUAUCCGUUUGAAGUUAAGACAAUAGAAUAGGUGACCAAAUAAAUAAAAGAGUCCUUUAUGUUUAAAACGUGAUAGAAACUUUUGCAAUAUUACUGUUUUAAUAUACAUAUACGUUUCGUAUUUUUUCAAAGUUCUUUUGUAGUAUAUAUUCCGGAUUUCUAAGAUCCCAAAUAGAUUUAUUUUUUUGCAACUGCCACUUAAUAUUAACUCAUGAAAACGCAAACUGAAAUGUAAUUGAUAAAAUAAACAAAAAAGAAAAUAUUAUAUGCACAGUUAGUGAAUAGAAGAAAUAAACAAUUUUCAGUAAUUCUCUUAAUUAAUUAUUUUAUGUUUUAAGUAAACCUAUACCUCCUACAAGAUGGAGGGGAAAUAAUGUUGAGUACUAAAACAAUUGGUAAAAACUUUUUAUUGAAAAAUCUGUUCUUGUUUUUAAUCAUGUAAAAGCACAUUUUCACUGUGAUAAGAAUUAUUUUGUUAGCACAAUAAUGAUGGUGUAUCAUUUGCUGAAAUAAAACGGCUGAAAGGCUCAAGUAUUUUUCA